CUAACUUACAACAUGAAGCAAAAACUUCCAUUUCAAGAGAAAAAGCAAAAACCAAGAUAGGAAAGGGAUAUAAGGAAAACAUCUUGUUUAGUGAAAAUCGUUACAAAAGAAGUACUCCAUUAUAUAUAUACUCCAUAAAAUUUAUUCCCACCAUGGAAAUUGAGGUGGCGGGAGGUGGCGCGGCCGCUUGUGGUGGCAGCGAUGUGGAAAUGGGGCGGAGAUGGGGAGGCAAUGAGGCUUGUUUGGUGUGGCGGGAUUUGACCGUAAUGUUGCCAAAUUUCGGGCAAGGGCCGGUGAGGAAGUUGCUUAAUGGGCUAAAUGGCUAUGCCGAACCGGGUCGGACCAUGGCCAUUAUGGGGCCAUCCGGAUCCGGGAAAUCCACCCUUCUUGACUCAUUAGCGGGUAGAUUAUCGAGGAAUGUUGUAAUGAUGGGAGACAUACUGCUCAACGGAAAGAAACGCCGGCACGGAUACGGCGUCGUUGCAUACGUAACGCAAGAAGACGUGCUAAUGGGGACUCUAACAGUGAGAGAAACCAUAACAUACUCUGCAAAUCUAAGGCUUCCCAGCUCCAUGUCCAAGGAAGAGAUCAACGACAUCAUAGAAGCAACCAUCAUGGAAGUCGGGCUGCUAGAAUGCGCCGAUCGCCAGGUCGGAAACUGGCAAAUGAGAGGCAUCAGCGGUGGGGAGAAGAAGAGGCUCAGCAUUGCGCUCGAGAUUCUCGUCCGCCCCCGUCUCUUGUUUCUCGACGAGCCUACCACCGGUCUCGACAGCGCCGCCUCUUUCUUCGUCAUCCAAUCCAUCAAGAAUCUCGCCCGAGACGGAAGAACUGUCAUCUCCUCCAUUCAUCAGCCCAGCAGCGAAGUUUUUGCCCUCUUUGAUGAUCUCUUUCUGCUCUCCGGUGGUGAAACCGUUUACUGCGGUGAAGCCAAGAUGGCCGUCAAGUUUUUUGCUGAAGCAGGAUUCCCCUGUCCAAGUAGGAGGAAUCCAUCCGAUCACUUCCUACGCUGUAUCAACUCAGAUUUCGACGUCGUCACAGCCACUUUGAGAGGUUCACAGAGGCACCGUGAAACACACAUGCCAUCAGAUCCUCUGAUGAAUCUUGCGACUGCUGAUAUCAAAUCAGUACUAAUUGAAAAAUAUAAGAAGUCGGAGUAUGCUAGGAAAACGACAUCCAAAGCUCGAGAAAUGUCAAACUUUCAAGGAGUGGAGAUCGAAACGAUAAAGGGAAGCCAUGCGAGCUGGUGGAAGCAACUCACGACAUUGACACGACGAUCGUUUGUGAAUAUGUGUAGAGAUGUUGGGUACUAUUGGUCGCGAAUAGUGAUAUACACCAUUGUCUCUGUUUGCGUUGGAACUCUGUUUUACGAUGUGGGUACGAGUUAUACUGCAAUCUUCGCAAGGGGGGCUUGUGGGGGCUUCGUCACGGGCUUCAUGACUUUCAUGUCCAUCGGAGGCUUCCCGUCCUUCAUCGAGGAGAUGAAGAUCUUUACUCGAGAGAGGAUAAACGGGUACUAUGGCGUGGCGGUGUUUAUACUAUCGAAUUUCUUGGCUUCCUUCCCCUUCUUGGUUGCAGUGUCGAUUAUCACGGGGACGAUAACGUUUUACAUGGCGUUUCAUGCGGAAUUCUCUCGCUAUGUCUUCUUCUGCCUCAAUAUCUUUGGAAGCAUUGCUAUGGUUGAGAGUGUGAUGAUGAUUGUAGCUUCUUUGGUUCCCAACUUCUUAAUGGGGAUCAUUUCUGGGGCUGGAGUUCUGGGGAUCAUGAUGAUGACAGCCGGUUUCUUUCGGCGGCUGCCAGAUCUUCCCAAGCCAAUUUGGCGCUAUCCAAUAUCAUUUAUUGGGUACGGUGCAUGGGCACUUCAGGGAUCAUACAAGAACGAUAUGAUUGGACUAGUAUUUGAUCCUCUAAUACCAGGAGAUCCAAAAAUAUCAGGGGAAGAUGUGAUAACAAAAAUGUUUGGUGUAUCUCUACAUCGCUCAAAGUGGUGGGAUUUGGUGGCUCUAUUCAGCCUCAUACUAUGCUAUCGAAUCCUCUUCUUCAUCGUGCUCAAGGGGAAGGAGAGAACGGCCGAAUACUUCCAGUCCAUCUACGCUAAAAGGGCAUUGCAUCGUUUCAAGAAGAGGCCGUCGUUCAAGCGAAGAGCCUCGUCCAAGAGCCACCUCCACUCUUUGUCUUCUCAAGAAGGCCUCAACUCUCCACUCCCUUAGCCCUCAACUUGUAUGAGCUAGUUUUUUUAUCUAUAUUCAGCUUGUUUUUGUAUCAAUGAAUAACCACUGAAGGGUGAUUUUAAUAUUAAAAAAAAUAGGAAUCAGUAUAAGAUGUUUGAUUUUCAAAUUCAA